GGGAGAGGGAGAAGGAGUUUAAUGUGUCUUUCAAACUACUGGGAGCUUGACGGGAAUGUUUGAUGAGAAAGAAAAAAGGUGCCCUGGACUCCUUUUUCUACUUGUUUCUGAUUCUUUAGACUAAAAUUGUCUGAAGUUUGUGGUGUAGACCAUCUUGGAAAAAGUGACCCAGACUGACAGGGUGGAGAAAAGAACUUUUAAAAAAUCAUACACCUCCAGCAAGUGAACUUUAUGAAAGCUCCUGGAUUCUCACCAUGAAGGUUAAUGCAGUGGUCUUUGCCUUGCUCCUGACUUGUACACUUGCAGCUAAAGAAGUGGCAAAGAGGAACAAAAAGUCUAAACUAUAUGUUCCCCAGAUUGAAUGUGACAUUAAAGCUGCGAAAAUCAUCAAUCCAGAAUUCAUUGCAAAAUGUCCUUCCGGAUGUCAAGACACCAAAUAUCGUGUAUACGGCACGGACAUCUAUGCUUCUUUUUCCAGUGUGUGCAGUGCUGCUAUUCACAGUGGCAUAAUUGACAAGUCUGGAGGGAAAAUUCUUGUUCAGAAAGUUGCUGGACAAUCUGGUUACAAGGGAAGUUAUGCCAAUGGAAUCCAAUCACUGUCUUUGCCGCGGUGGAGGGAGUCUUUCAUUGUUUCAGAAGGCAAACCCAAAAAAGAUGUGCAGUAUCCAUCGACUCUUGAAUAUUUAUCUGUCAGAAGCCCCUCAGUUAAAGGAGGAACUUCAUUGCGCAGAGAAUAUCUGACAACUGCAGCACCGUUACCAGGUACUAAAAUAGCCACCUCCUUACCAAAGCCCACUGUCAUGACAACAGAAUCUGUCAGCACCGCUCUAAAACCAACAGCACUCCCAACCACCAUCCCCACAACAGUCACCACCAAAGCAAUGACUGUGGCAACUGCAAAGCCUCAGCAAGCAAUUCACAAAGUCAGGGAUAUAGGUUCCAGCCACGUCCAUCCGGCUUACUCAUCAGUGGCAGCUGUAGCAUCAAGACAGGUUCAGGCAGUACAAGGGAGGACCCAGAAUCAAGCAUUCAGAAGCACUUCCAGCUAUGCAAGUAGCAGAAAUAACCCUCGCGCAAAUGCAGGUGUUCAACGCCAAGAACUAAUUGCUUCAUUUCGGAAGCCUGCCAAUUCUCCUGCCAAUCUGGCUUUGGAAACAGACUUAUGGAAAUCUGGAUCAAGCCUUUUUGAAACAGAUUUCAGUUCCAAAGAAGACUUGGUCCCAAAACCUUUUGAGCCUGUUUCCCAGGGAAAUCCAAAUUGCAAGGUUGAUUUAUCAUUCUUGAUAGAUGGGAGCUGGAGUAUUGGAAAACGCCGCUUUCAGAUUCAAAAACAGUUCCUCAAAGAUGUAGCUCAAGCCCUGGAUGUUGGUGUAGCUGGUCCUCUCAUGGGCAUUAUUCAAUAUGGUGAUGACCCGUCUACUGAAUUUAACUUGAAGAGCUAUUCAAAUGCUAAGGAUCUGAAAAACGCUAUUGAGAAGAUUUUACAGAAAGGAGGAUUAUCCAAUGUUGGGAGAGCACUUUCCUUUGUUAACAAAAACUUCUUCGAUGAUUCCAAUGGGAACAGAGGUAGUGCACCCAAUGUGGCCAUAGUGAUGGUAGAUGGAUGGCCCACUGAUAAGGUGGAAGAGGCUUCAAGGCUGGCAAGGGAAUCUGGCAUUAACAUUUUCUUUGUCACCAUUGAAGGACCAGAUGAAAAUGAAAAGUUGAAUGUUAUUGAACCAAAUUUUGUGGAUAAGGCUGUAUGCAGAACCAAUGGCUACUAUUCAAUCAAUGUUCCCAGCUGGUUCACCCUGCAUAAAAUAGUGCAGCCUUUAGUGAAACGAGUCUGUGACUCCGAUCGCCUUGUAUGUAGUAAAACCUGCCUAAAUUCAGCAGACAUUGGGUUUGUCAUUGAUGGAUCCAGCAGCGUGGGCACUGGUAACUUCCGUACCGUCCUCCAGUUUGCAGCCAACAUUAGUAAAGAAUUUGAGAUUUCUGAUACAGAUACACGCAUUGGUGUAGUGCAGUACACCUAUGAACAGAGGCUGGAGUUCAGCUUUGAUAAAUACCACACUAAGCAGGAUGUCCUGAAUGCUAUCAAAAGAAUCAAUUAUUGGAGUGGAGGGACCAGUACUGGAGCAGCCAUCAACUAUGCCUUUGAACAGCUCUUCAGCAAGUCCAAACCUAACAAAAGGAAGAUAAUGAUCCUGAUUACAGAUGGGAGAUCUUACGAUGAUGUCCGGGGGCCAGCAACAGCUGCUCAUCACAAUGGAGUCAUUGCCUAUUCAAUAGGAAUUGCAUGGGCUGCCCAAGAUGAGCUAGAAGCCAUUGCAACUGACCCCGAUAGACAGCAUUCAUUUUUUGUGGAUGAAUUUGACAGCCUUUACAGAUUUGUUCCAAGGAUCAUCCAGAAUAUUUGUACAGAGUUUAAUUCACAGCCACGGAACUAAGUGGAACAGAAUGCUCUGUUAUAUGCCAUGUCAAUGACCAUCGCACAAGGUAAUACAAAAUGUUAUCCAUGGACAUUAGCAGUUGCCAAUUUUAACUCUGAUCCCAUAAGUAGAAAUAUAAGUGUACUAUAGAUUAAUGCCUUUCUUUUCUGUAAGUUUCAAAUCUUAUUUAAUAGAAAGACAGGUAAAAUCCUUAGAUUAAUUCAUUUGAUUCAAAUCCAGUGUUCAAAAUUUCAUAGAGGUGGGGAAGAACAGUUCCAGAGUUUAUAUAACCCAGAUGCAUGUGAUUGAAAUUCUGGCUGUGCUAGAGACUUUGUGCAAUAAUAAUGUUCUGGUGACAAAGAGGGAAUCAAAUGGCUAGACUUAAGGUGACUUUCCCAUGAUUAGAACACAAAAAGCAUUUGCAACCGUGAGAAGUCCCACUUCAUCUUGCCAGACUGGGUCUUCAGAGAUGCUAACACACAAUCCCAAUAUUACACACGCGCACGCGUGUAACUGCUGGCACGCUUUGGCUGGGGUACAGAUUCUAUCAUGCUCAUGUAGUAGCUCUCAUACCUCAGGAGGUACUGUUUCAGAGGUCCUCAGGGGCAUGUGCGCUUCUGGUAGAAAGAAAGGUGAAAAGACCCCAUACUUAUCUGAAGGUUGCUUAUAGUGCUCAGCUCUUGUCUUUUAAUUGGGACCUGUUGGCAGAGGUGGGCAAUGUGGAAGCAAUUAAAGAGCAGCAACAGAUUAAUAAGAAUUGAGAGACAUUUUAAAUCCAGAAUAAAAAUAGUCAACGGUGCAGCCUGAAAAUCACUUUUCCCUUGACUUACCCCCACCCCCCGGGUAUAUUAAUUUUCUCGGUGUACCUGAAUGGAUAGAGUAGACAUAUCUCAAGAGCAGCCCUGGACAAAGAAAUCUAUUGAUUAUUGACAUGGUAGCUGAAACACAUGACAGGCAAUUCUGCAUGUUAGUCCAGCAAGGAAAUUACAGUGAGACAUAUUGUUAAUUUCUUCUUGCCUUCGCAAAGAACAGGCCGAAGGGGCAGCUUCCUGCCUUUCUAGGACAAAGAUAUCACAUCCCAGGGCACCAUAGGAAGGGUCCCCAGAAAAGACCGACAACUCACCCCUUCCUAGUCUUAAACAUCAAGCCGUAGGUAGCAGUGGCAGCGGUUUGUAAACAUGUCAACAGACUAUACACAGUUGUGCUUAAAACAAUUUACAAAUCUAACACAGAAGGUGCAACUACAGUAUUUUAUUUAUUCUGCAGCCCAUCAACCAGAAUUUUAUUUAUGACCUCAGACUCUAACUAAAGGAAGGCCUAUAUUUUUCACAGUUGCCACAAACAGAAUGAAGUGUGAUUGAUGGGAAGGGUGCUUGCUUCAGAUUGCAAUUAAUAUGGAAAUUUGUUCAGACUAUUUGUCCUGCAACACCACAUGCAGAUAUGCUGCAAAAGAUGUGAAAUGGGACUUUCCUCAGUCACUGCUAGUAAUAUAGUCGAAGUACCCAAAUACCUUUUAAAGAUGGCUCAGAUGGGGUGCAACUGCCUCAUAUACCUAGAAAAAACAACUCCAAAAUCAUCAGUGAAGCUGCUUAAGCACCAUGUUGUCAAAGUGCAGUGAGAAUUCUCCUUCACCCAUAUACAAAAAGCCAAAGUGGUAGCAGCUGUCGAUAUUUUUGAUAAACAAGCUCCGAUAUUUUAUUUUUUAUUUAUGUGUUGUUUAUAAUCUAUCUUUUUCAGAGGAACUGAAGGUGGAUUAUACCUAGUCAGUAGAAUCAACAAAAUGGGAGUUUUAAUAAUCAAUGCAUUAGGAUAUUAGAAACUGGAACCACCAGAAAGAAACAAAAGCAUAGCAUGAGUAUUUAUAAUGACACAUGCAUGGAUACAGCUAUCAAAUUGCAGGUUAUGGAUCCUUUCAUCAA